AAGAACCCAAUUAGCCGGAUCAUGAUUAGCCGGAUGAAAUCAUCUUGGAUGUGUAAUUUGAUUUGGGAUGUUUUAAACAACGUAGGCUACGAAGAACGGACCCCUGGCUGAAUCACGCAAAAACAACAAGACUUAACUGGUUCAUUUUGAGCACAGGCUGCAUCCCGUGGACAUUUUAUCUACUCCACUCCUUCCUUUCCAGCAUAUUUGCUACUUUAAGUCACUCCAGUUUCUUUCUUCCUUCUUCAAUAAUGAGGGGCCGGUUGUGUUUCGCAUAAUAUCAAAUUGACUCAGUCUGUUCUACUGUGCCACCCGCGGCCUGCGUUUUAUUAUUGGGUAAAAAGAAGAAAAACAAUUCGACCAACGACCGCUUCGGCCUGAAACAGACUGGCCGAUUGAGAAUCUACCCGAAACUCCCUGGCCACCCUGCGCCUUGGUGUAACUGACUUUGGUCACAGCUUAGAGUUGGUACCACUGCAAGGCGCCAAUAAUUCUGUUAGACAAUUGCAUUGUAAAGUGAAUCCCCCGCAGUCCAGUUGCCGGCGGUCCGUUUGAGAGAGCCAGAGGUGAAGUGCUCCUCCUCAUGGCCUUAGAAGCCUCCAGCCUGUCAGCCUCUGUGCUGCGCAGGGCUGCAGCAUCUUCUCACAGAAGCAGAGCACCUUGCCCAGCAAGGGGCGCUUGUCGUAUGAUAGAUAAUGGGAAACCAAUUUGGAGGCGCAGAUUAUUUUCAAUUUCUUCUUCUUCUUUUUCUUUUUUUUUUUUCUUUUUUUUACUGCUCGUGCCGCCCCUUAUGUGUCAUUGAAAAAAAGUGCCGCCCGUGCCAAAGACCGCUACUGGCUGAAGAAGGCUACAUGAUCCAUAUGCAUGAUCUGCCACUUAGAAAAGGGAAUUCCUGGAAUUCCACAUGAUAUACACUCUGUGAGUCUAUUGGUCAGAAACACGUGUCCGAGAGGCUCGUAGUACGACGCCAGCAGCCAAUCAGAAAUCAGAUCCAAAAAUGUUUAGUGGAAGUGGUUUGAGCGGCAUUUUCAUUAAAGAGCAUUUAGCGUCACAGGAGGCGUCCAUAACUGUAUGCAGGGAGCCAGAAGAAGUCUGGAACCUUCACACUUUGGUUUACUUGUGCAUUUAUUUUUUAACAAAUCAUUUCUGCUGUGGUUAAAAAAAAAAAAAAGAGGCGAGAGGAGUGUGGCCAGGGAUGCUCUCUUCACAAAGGAAAUAUGAUUGUUCUUGGCCAAAAGUCACAGGCGCAUUUUCAGAGUUGAACACUUUCAACUCAGCUGCAAGAACGCCCGCUUUUCUGUUUUCCAGAGGUUCUAAACGCUCCAGAUAACCGUUAGAAGGAGACAAAGACUGAUCAGAUAUUGGAUUUCUUUCUCUGGGGCUUGAGGUCAUCAUCAUGAUGGAGGAGAAUGUUCAACGGGAACCCCAGCGCCCAAAGAACUCCGGAGAGGAGUCGAACCGGGCCGUUCUGCCUCUCCUGCAGCAGCCUGGGAACCAGCAGGCCGGCCGGGUCACCAACUUCUACAUUGACAACAUCUUAAGGCCGGACUUCGGCCGAAAGAAAAAGAAGGGCGUCUGUGUUCUGGGGGGAUACGCGCUGGAGGAAAGGAGCGAAGUGUCCGGGGGGAAACCCUCCAGAACUGACCCAAAACACGCUGGGGGGACAGGAGGGACGGAAGACAAGCGGCCAGUGUGUGACCAGCAGCAAGCGGAGACUGGGGCGAGUGGUCCCGAACUGACAGCCUGUGAUCCGGGCCGAGGGGAGUCCUGCCGCAGCCCCGGGAGCAGCGAGGCCCCGGUGGCCCCUGCAGCCAAGCCCAUGCUGUGGCCGGCCUGGGUUUAUUGUACCAGGUACUCCGAUCGGCCUUCCGCAGGACCCAGAUCGCGCAAACCAAAGAAAGCCACCAGCCCGAGGCAGGAGGACAAGCGGCCCCGGACGGCCUUCAGUGCCGAGCAGCUGCAGCGACUAAAGGCGGAGUUUCAGAAGAACCGCUACCUCACCGAGCAGCGGAGGCAGAGCCUGGCCUUGGAGCUCAGCCUCAACGAGUCUCAGAUCAAGAUCUGGUUCCAGAACAAGCGGGCCAAGAUCAAAAAGGCAUCUGGGAAUAAAAACUCUCUGGCGCAGCACCUGAUGGCGCAGGGACUGUACAACCACUCCGGCGGCAGGGAGGCCCGCUCCGACAGCGACUGAAGGUGCGCCGUCAGAACACCCGGCGUGCGCAUCCAGGAGACAGACGCCAUAACCUGACAUCGCACUGUCCUGCGCGCGUUCAAUGCCCGCGCGCACAGAGCAGUACACAGCGCGUGCUAAGCAGCAGCAUAGCCAAGUAUCAUGGCUGAGGCAGGUUCAGAGAUAAAUCACCGCAAAUGUUUCAGAUGUACACACUACGUCAUCUGCAACCCAGAAGCGUCUCUCGCGGUCCGGAGAGGAGAGCCUCUGCCUGCGCGCACUGGCUGACUGACGGGGGGGGCGCGCUUUUAAAACCAUUUGCUGAAACCCAAAGAGCGCUUCAGCUGCCGCAUUAUGACUUUGCGGUGUUCUGUUGGUAGUUCUACAAUAAAACUUUGGUUCUUUGUGGAAUCACAGCUUCGUUUUCUUCUGUAACUCCUCUCUAGAGCAUAUCAGACGCAAGCAGCGGGCGCCAGAAGCGCUGCGGCUUUUCCAUGAUUUCAAUCAUUUUAUGGACCUAAAAGUGACCGGAAAUGCCUUUUGGAUCUGUGGCUCCAGUGAACGCACAUCUUUCAGCCGCGUGCUGCCUUACCGCAGUUCCCAUGGGCCAAUUCUCCACCAGGCAGUUGGUUUCAAUGAGAAGGAUCAUUUUAUGGGUUUAUUCUCUUAUUUAUAUCAAACACCGCCAGGAUCCAGAGCAAAGGGGCUCUGACAUGUUUACAUAACUUAUUUUCUCUACUGAAACAUUUUAUUGAAUGCAACGUGUUUGGUGGAUCGGAUUAAUGUGGAUCCAAACCAAAUGUUGGCCUUACAAUGCAGUGAACUUUUCUUUGUUUCCUUAAAUGGGUUCUAUGUUUCCAAAUGAAAAUGUUAUGUUUCUAGUUGUUGUUUUUUUUUUGUUCUCCUUUUUAUACAGCAUGUAAAUAAUUUCUAGAUGAUGUGUAAAUAAACAACAAUGCAAAUCUGA